GCACAUUCAUGUUGGUAAAAAAGAGGAGGAAAGGUUCAGAACACUCUAUAAACAACAAAUUUUAUCCCAUGGAGGCUCACUUGGUGUUUUAUGACACGAGGUACAAAAACAUAACAUACGCUAAAUUUAGGCCAGAAUGAUUGGUUGUUCUAUCGGUAAUGAUCAAGAUUUGUAACAAAGGGCACGACAAGGACUAUGCACGUCAUUACAACAGAAGACGCUACAAAGGGCAUCGUCGUUGUAAAGUGAGGUUUGCUAAAACACUGAGUGAAAUAAUGACUACAUACUACAGGAAAAUAAGGAUGUAUAAUGGUAAAGGAUAUACAAUAGAGACACGAGAAACACAACCGCCAUGUCAUCCAGAAAAACUUCAACAAAGUUUCAUUAAAGAACACUGCAUAAUGAAUGUUGGUUCUUCACAUGCGGAAGUCUCAGUAUGUGGAAUAUCACCUCUGGACGUCCUCCCCUACGAUCGUAGAUUUUAUACAUAUAAGGGAUCGUUAACCACACCCCCAUGUUUUGAAACUGUACAAUGGAUAGUUCAUAAAUGUCCAAUAAAAGUAACACGCGAGGCAUUUCAAGCAUUAAGGAAUGUUCAGGAUUCUCACCAUGAUCCGCUGUCAGAAAUGGGAGUAAGAAGACCACAACAGAAAAAUAAACAUCCUGUCUUCAAAAACUUCUAGUACGAUUGGAGCACACCAAAGGUAUCAUCGGCCUGGUGGAUACAUGUACCUCAGGAAAAAACAUUAUUUCUUAAUCAUCCAUGAUCACAAUGAUGUAGAUUCUAGUCAUUUUAAAAUUAUUUAGACUUGAGUGAAUUGCUAAUACACAGAACCUGGAAAUAUAUGUUGUCU